AUGAAGAGCCCGGGUUGUAUCAAGGACGUCCAGAGGUUGGCAGGACGGUUGACCUCACUCUCCCGGUUUCUCGGAGCAUCGGCGACGAAGGCCCUGCCAUUUUUUAACCUCAUGAAGAAAGGGAUGGCGUUUGAGUGGACACCCGCUUGCGAAGAAGCCUUUCAACACUUCAAAGAAAUCCUGGCGGCACCUCCCGUUCUUGGGAAGCCAAGGGAAGGGGAACCACUAUACCUAUACCUCGCUAUAACAAGCGAGGCCCUGGCCGCAGUACUGGUACGGGAGGACGGGAAAGCCCAACAACCAGUCUACUUCAUAAGCAGGGCCCUGCAAGGAGCAGAAUUAAGAUAUAGCAAGUUGGAAAAGCUAGCCUUAGCACUUCUAACUUCCUCGAGAAGGUUAAAACAGUACUUCCAAAGUCACCAAGUUGUCGUCAGAACGGACCAAGGGAUCCGGCAAGUUCUCCAGAAACCCGAUUUGGCGGGAAGAAUGAUGACUUGGUCCAUCGAACUCUCUCAAUAUGACAUACGGUACGAGCCCCGGCAAGCCGUUAAGGCGCAGGCCAUGGCGGAUUUUUUGGUUGAAGUAACAGGAGACUCAGGCGAAGACAUGGGUACACGGUGGAAGCUCCAUGUGGACGGAGCCUCCAACCAGACCUUCGGAGGUGCCGGAAUUAUCCUGGAAAGCCCGAUUGGGGUCGUAUACGAACAGUCGGUUAGGUUCGAGUUCCCCAUCUUGAACAACCAAGAAGAAUACGAAGCCCUCAUAGGAGGCUUGGCCCUAGCGGCAGAGGUCGGCGCAAGGAGACUGGAAGUGUGCAGCGAUUCCCAAGUCGUCACUUCCCAAGUAAACGGCAGCUACCAAGCCAAGGACCCCUUGCUACAGAAGUACUUGAAAAAGGUUAAAAGCUUGAGCCAAAAAUUCGAAGAAGUCACAGUCCAACACGUACCCAGAGAAAGGAACACACGGGCAGACCUUCUAUCAAAGUUGGCCAGCACAAAGCCAGGCGAGGGGAACCGGUCUCUCAUCCAAGGCAUGACAAGAGAACCAGCAAUCGCACUACACAUGACAACCCUAAGUUCUUCAUGGCUAGACCCCAUCACCAACUUCCUAGAACACGGCCAAGUCCCUGGUGAUGAAAAGGAUGCGGCGAAAUUAAGAAGAGAAGCGGCCAAAUACGCCGUCAUCCAAGGACAGCUGUUCAGGAAAGGGCUCAGCCAACCCCUAUUAAAGUGCCUGCACCCCGAUCAGACGGACUACGUCCUCAGAGAAGUCCACGAGGGCUGCUGUGGGCAUCACAUCGGAGGCAAAGCCCUAGCAAGGAAACUAAUCCGGGCCGGGUACUACUGGCCGUCGAUGGUGGCAGAUUCCAAAGAGUUUGUCAAAAAGUGCGUAAAGUGCCAACAGAACGCCAACUUUGCCAGAGCGCCGGCCUCCGAGUUAAGUCUGCUAACGACCUCUCGGCCAUUCGCUCAGUGGGGAGUCGACCUCUUGGGGCCUUUCCCGGUCGGCCCUGGGCAAGUCAAGUAUCUCAUAGUCGCAAUUGAUUACUAUACCAAAUAG